UGGAAUAGCCUGGGGAGUUUGCGACGGGUUCCGAGGGGAGGGUUCCGAUGGAAUGGCUGACGGCGCAUCCAGUCAGUUGGUGUAGAGACUCCAUGGAGAGAGUACUUGUCCUAAUUCACCCUCAACCAUCAAGACCACCUCAUUCUCUAUUUCUCUCACUCUCAAUUCAUUGAAUUUCAAUACUCAUCCUCAUCUCAAUACUCAUCUCUCCUAACCAGUGAAUAAGUGAUAAAUUUUUAUAAAUUUUUUAAAAUUAUUGACAAAACUCAACGUGCAAUGAUGUCGUACGAUUAUCCACAUCCAGUUUCCAGGACUUAUCAAUACAAAAAAAUAACAAAACCGGCACUUGAGAGAAAGAGACGGGCUCGGAUGAACAAAUCAGUUGAGCAACUUAAAAAUCUCAUGAUUGAUGCUUUAGAGACCGAAGCCGAAAACAUAAGUAAACUGGAAAAAGCCGACAUUCUGGAGUUGACAGUCCGUCACAUUCAGCGGCUCCACUCCCAAUCAUCGGGAUUAUCGCCGGUGGUAUCUCCAAAUGAGGACCCGACAGCCGAAAGCCGAUGGCAAUCGGGAUUUGGUCACUGUGCCGCCGAAGCCUGCAAAUACCUUGCGGCAUUACCCGGAGAAUCCGGUCAAAAAUUGGCAAAACACUUGGCGUCGGGUCUCGAGUCCACCCAUAAAUUGAACAUUCAGAUUAUGCCAAAAGACGAUUUAAUGUCUCCAAAUUGUGGCGCCUCUCCUCACCUGGGAGUCACCCCAAAUGGGCCCCCCUCAGUAGACAUUCCGUGCCCGUCGUUGGUGCCACCUCAACCUCUCGUAAAUACCCCGGAAUCCCCUUGUGAAUCCGCCCCUUCGCCCACACUUGAAGGCAGUGGAACAAAACCACCGACACCUAUUGACGACGACGAGGAGAUUGAUGUCGAGGGGGUUGAUAAUGACCCCAUGUGGAGACCCUGGUGAUUAAAAUUACUAAUUGUUAAGAGGAAAUGACAUUAUGAACUAGUUUGUAUUCCAUUCUGAGAGGACUUUUAUCACGUUAUUGAUUCAGUUCAAGUUAUUCAUAUACAUUUUUAUGGGCCACGGCUCGCGGAAAAUUUCCGCAGUCAGUUUUCCCUCUUUGAUGCAGUGAUCAAUCGAUUCCUGAAUAUUUUAAUCGUAAGGCAUUCACUUUGGUAUGUGGCUUUAAUUACGUAAAACAGGUCCAGGGAUUUUCUCAGCCCGCAGUGAUAGAUGAAUAAUUGUGACUUGUAAAUGCUAACUGUUUUUAUAUUUCAAAUGUGUUUAUGCUACCCGCGUAAUUUUAAGUCUCAUUGCGUACGUUCUCUUUUUUUUAUUGUUAAUAAGGAGCACCAAUGUAAUUAAUAACAUUAUUAUUCCUACUGCCAACAAACUAUUAUGGGUAUUUUUAUAUUAUAUGCCAACCGCUGCGAUAUAUCUGUGAUGAUGAUGAUGAUGAUGAUGAUGAUGAUGUGACUACAUGUUUA